AGCUGACUGAUCACGUGACUUUUAUAGUAUGGCUUCUUGCAGUUGGAAGUAUUGUGUAAUACUUGUUUCUAAACUUUUUAGUUUAAGGAGAUGCGUUGUCGUUAUGUGCGUAUUCUUUUUUAUAGUCCUUUUAGCUUAUGGUUGUUAUUGCGAUUUUCUUCAAACUGAAACGGAAGAGUCAUGCAGUGAUGCUGGAGUUUGUAAAUCUGAGUUCAGUAAAGAUGUUAGCUGCGGCUGUAGUGCCUCUUUAAACAGAGAACGAUCUGCUGAUGUUGAUGGAAAUGAUCAGUCUUGGAAGGAAUUUUCUGCUAGGUACACCAGACCACCGGAGACACAGUCCGAGAGUCAGGAGGAUGCGGAGAGUAGAGCUCACGGACAAACGCAAGCGAGAACUAAUCAGAUGGUCUUGAUUCCUGGUGGAGUGUUCAUCAUGGGAACUGAUGAGCCAGCAAUACCUCAGGAUGGUGAAGGCCCAGCUAGAAGAGUGCACGUUGACCAGUUCUACAUGGAUGUCUUUGAAGUCAGCAAUGCAGAGUUUGAAAUAUUCGUUAAUGCCACUGGCUACAUCACAGAGGCAGAAAAAUUUGGAGACUCCUUUGUUUUUGAAGGCAUGCUAAGUGAAAAGGUGAAAAGUACUAUUACGCAGGCUGUUGCUGCUGCACCCUGGUGGCUACCUGUGAAAGAAACUAGCUGGAGACAUCCUGAGGGGCCAGAUUCUAACAUAGCAGAUAGGAUGGACCACCCUGUGCUGCAUGUUUCAUGGAACGAUGCUAUGACAUACUGUACCUGGGCUGGGAAGCGCUUGCCAACAGAGGCUGAAUGGGAGUAUGCCUGUCGAGGGAGACUUGAGAACAGACUUUUCCCAUGGGGCAACAAACUAUAUCCAAAAGACCAACAUUAUGUCAAUAUCUGGCAGGGGGAGUUUCCAACAGUCAACACAGGGGAGGACGGAUACAUAGGAACAGCACCUGUCACAGCCUUCCCUCCAAAUGCUUAUGGCCUUUACAACAUGAUAGGGAAUGCUUGGGAGUGGACAUCGGAUUGGUGGGUAGUACGUCAUACCUCAGAUGAAGUUUACAGUCCUAAAGGACCUCCAUCAGGAGUGGACAAGGUAAAAAAAGGUGGAUCUUACAUGUGCCAUAAGGUACCUUUUACUUUCUCAGUACGAGUGCAAAGUGAGAAGUAA